CAACCUUUUCUAAAUGACAGCUGUCAGUUCCAUGUGCUAUCUAAUGUUUUGUUAAUAAAUUUCGAAAACACCACGUUUUUAAACAAUUUAAAAGGGUUCGUUGAACAGAAACUCAAAGAAAAUGCCCAAAGGAAAAAAAUUUAUUGACAAGAAGAAAGCGGUAACGUUUCAGCUUGUACACAGAAGUCAGCAAGAUCCUCUGGUUGCUGACGAAAAUGCACCACAAAGAGUUCUGUUGCCUGUCCAAGGCAAAGAAGCCACAUCAGACAAAGAGAGACGGCUUGAAGAACAACACAAAUAUGGAAUAUACUAUGAUGAUGAUUGCAACUACUUAGAACAUCUUAAAGACCCCAAAGACAACACAUUGUCAUGGCCUGACAAUGUAAAUGACAGCUUAAAAGAGAGACAGGAAAAACUAAAACAACAAUUGCCCCCAUCAGUAUUUCCCUCAGAGGUCGAAGAUGAAGUUGGAAUGUUGGCCAAAGCUGCGCCCGUUUCAGGUCCACAGUUACAUUUGGAUCCAGAUAUUGUAGCGGCUAUGGAUGAAGAUUUCGAUUAUUCUGACCCUGAAAAUGAAUUGGAAGACAAUUUUAUUGAACUAGCUCAAGGAGUAGCUUCUGACCAAGAAUUUGAUGAAGAUGAUGAUGACUAUAACUUAGGAUCUGAUUUUGAGGAUGAUGAAGAGAUGGAUGAAGUGGGAUCAUUGCCAGGAUCUGAAAGAACAUAUGAUGAAGAAGAGACUAAAUCUAGAUUUACAAGUUAUUCAAUGACAAGUUCAGUUAUGAGAAGAAAUGAACAGCUUUCUCUAUUAGACAAUAGAUUUGAAAAGAUGUAUGCUGAUUAUGAUGAAAAUGAAAUUGGGGCACUGGACUGUGAGGAAAUUGAAGGCCAUGUUCCUGGUUCAUCACAUCUUCUUCAGCAGUAUGCAGAGGAAUUCAAGAAAAUGCAACAACGCGAAAAGCUUGACGAAAACAAAAAAGAGGUCGUCUCAAGGAUUAAAAAACUAUUGGAGAAUGAUGAUGAAGAGGAGGAAGGCCAGUAUGAAUCAAUUGUUGUACCACAGAAAAUUAAAUAUGAUUGUCAAAGUAUAUUAAGCACCUACUCAAACAUCUACAAUAGGCCUAAAAUAAUUGAUGAACCAAAGAAAGACAAUAAAAUCAAGAUUAACAAACGCACAGGAAUUCCCGAGAAUGUCCUGGAUAGCAACAAACUGACGACUAAAGCUCUUAACAAACUAAACGAAGAGUACGACAGCCAGACAAACAACAAAGGCCCCAAGUCAUACGGUGGUCAGUCGAUCAUUUCGCAGUUGUCGGUGUUAUCGAUCAGAGAUCCGAAUGAGACGCCUGAAGAGAAAAAGGAGCGUAAAAAGGCUUUGAAGGAAUAUCGAAAAGAGAGGCGAAUAGAGAGGAAGGCCAACAAGGAGGCUUUCAAGGAGGAACAGAAGAGACAAGUCAAGAUUGCGAUCAACAACAGGAAUAACGUGCAGGGGAAUAAGAUAUUGUAAAAAAGAUGGUAUAUUUUAUAAUUAAUUUUGUUUGGUUAACAUAUUUUAUAGAUAUGUUGAAUAAAGUGGAGGAUAUUCCAGUA